UUUUAUUAAUCUUUAAUAUUUUUUUGUUAUAGUACCACUAUGUCGCGCAGUAUGUUGAAGGAUUCGCCGAAUGCGGCGUUGGACAAGACUUUGUUGCAAAAAUAUCUCGAUCUGCCUCAGCCGGAAAAUGCGAUCCAGGCGAAGUACAUCUGGAUUGAUGGUACUGGCGAAGGUUUACGUAGCAAGACCAGAACUUUGAGUUCUGUGCCGAAACAUCCUGCCGAUCUGCCAACAUGGACUUACGACGGCAGUUCGACGUACCAGGCCGACGGUGCCAACAGUGAUAUAUUUCUCUACCCUGUGGCGAUUUAUAACGAUCCCUUCCGUCGCGGUAACAACAAGCUCGUGCUCUGCGACACUUACUACAGCGACAAGACGCCAACGAAGUCGAACAAGCGGUAUCGCGCGAACCAGGCGAUGGAGACUAUCAAGGAUCAGGAACCCUGGUUCGGUAUCGAGCAAGAGUACACUCUGUUGGACUUCGACGGUAGGCCGCUCGGUUGGCCCAAGAAUGGUUUCCCGGGCCCACAGGGUCCCUAUUAUUGCGGCGUCGGCGCCGAUAAAGUGAUCGGUCGCGAGAUAGUCGAGGCCCAUUACAGAGCCUGCCUCUACGCCGGCGUGAAGCUCGCGGGGACCAAUGCCGAGGUGAUGCCCUCGCAAUGGGAGUUCCAGGUGGGACCAUGCACGGGCAUCGACGCGGGAGACGAUCUGUGGAUCGCUCGAUUCAUCCUGCAGCGCAUCGCCGAAGAAUACGGUGUGAUCGUCACCCUGGACCCGAAACCGGUCGACGGCUCGUGGAACGGCGCCGGUGCCCACACCAACUUCUCGACGAAGGCGAUGCGCGGCGAAAACGGUAUCGCCGAGAUCGAGAAGGCGAUCGACAAGCUCAGCAAGCAACAUCUCAGGCACAUCCAGGCGUACGAUCCGCGCGGAGGAAAGGACAAUGAGCGCAGGCUGACUGGCAAGUGCGAGACCAGCAAUAUCCAUGACUUCAGUGCCGGGGUGGCCAAUCGAAACGUCAGCAUCCGCAUUCCCCGUGGCGUCGCUGAGGAUAAGAAGGGCUACCUGGAAGACAGGAGACCUAGCAGCAAUUGCGAUCCCUACUCCGUUUGCGACGCCCUGGUCCGUACUUGCGUGCUCAACGAAUAAUAAAGUCGCGCGGCGACGAGGUUGCGCGUAGAAGACACGCCGGACCGACACGCACACACCCGCAUACACCUGGAGCGUACAAUUACUUGUAGAACUUAGAAUCCUGUCUGUUUCUUUAUUUGGAACGGUGGUUAAUGUUGAACUUAUCUGCCGGAAAAGUAGCGCAAAAUUUGAGCAAUCAGCGUCUUAUUAAGUAUCAUUCGAAAUGCUUAACUGCAGGUUCUACAAAAACGAAAUUUGCCAUUAACGAUCGGGCAUGGCAAAUGCCGAAAGAGAAUUGACCGGUUAGUGUUGCACGAUCGGUUCGGUUCUCUUUAACUGUUCACGUUAUGGAUAAGAUAUUAUUGUUUAGAGAAGAGCAGAGCGGACCAUUGAUUCGUGAUCGAUUUAUUUGGAUUGUCGAUGCCAGCUCGGCAUAGUCAGGAUAUAAAUAUUAGGUAAUUAAAAAAGCGAGCUUGUAAUUAUAAGUGCGAGGCAUAUGUUACUGUUCAAGUUAAUCGCGUUAAAUCGCUUCCUAAAGCUCGUCUUUUUAUAGAUUUUAUAAUACCAUUUUAGAAAGCGACAUGAGAACAAAUAAGGA